AAGGCGAAUGGGUGUCACAGGGAGUGUUAAGAGAAUACAAAAUCUACUGCGCUAUAAUAGUUAAAAUAUCUAGGAAAUUUCUGACUGACGCACAACUGAAAAAAAAGAACAACAAUCGAAAUGUAGCUAUUAUGUGGUAUGUUUAGAACGUGCAUUUAUUUUAUUUUAUUUUAUUUUUAUUUAUUUAUUUUUUCUUUUUUUUGGAUUAAAUUAUCUCGUACUAUUAUCAUAUGUAAAACGUCAGUAUCUUUAGAAUUAUUUUCGAUUUACGUAUGUUGCUGUACACAAAAAACUGUACCCGGAACCAUUAAAGAAAAGGAUCGUCAAUUUGAGGACACGGAAAAUAUUCAAACAUGUAAAUAUAUCAAAAGAGAUUUCAAGGAGUUGACUUAGCGGUCAUAAUGUUUGAGGAGCAACAAUAAACUUGAAUACGUGGCAUGAAUGUAAACCUUCCUGCAAAAAUUCUACGAUAUUGUUUUACGACAAAACAUUUCUAAAAAUGUCGGACGUGCUAACAUCCUGCCAAGGACAUUUUACAACGUUGCUCAUCAUUAUUUUGGCACUGGUUUCCAACAUUUAUGGUGCUGAUCCCAUCUACUCGCCGCAAACGCUCACAGACACGAGUGGAAACACUGCGGACAGUUCAUCGACCAUCACGUGGGCUAGUCUGCCAGCUGGGGAGUCGUUUACAGCCGGCAGUCCGUCGAGGGUCAGUGAAGGCUUAAAAGCCUACUAUGAUUUUGUACACAGCUUCAUAAAUUCAGUGUUUAUGAAAGGAUUUCCAGAUGAUUUAAUUGAAAAGUGUCUUGAUGGUGACUUUGAUUCAAUCGUCAGUAGUUACCAGUCCUAUAUUUCAUAUUUCAUUGGCUUUGGAAUAUGCGUCGCUGUCGGAGUUUUUGCUUAUUUUCCCUAUUGUCGCCUGCUGUUUCUGCUGCUGUCGUUUGUGCGGGAAUUGUGGCGGGAAAAGGCAACAGUUGCAGAAAAAUACUGACAGUGUCUGCAGAAAAUACACAUUCUCCGGCAUUCUUUUCGUAUCAACCGUAUUUGUAAUGGUCGGAACGAUAUGUAUCUUCAUUAAUAAUGAAAACAUGACGACCACGCUUAACAAUAUACCAGAUACAGCAGAAGAUAAUCUCAAUGACGUCAGAACAUUUGUCAACAAUACCGUCAAUGAAGCAACACAUAUAGUGACAGAAAAUUUCCAGUUUGUACAGGCAGCUUUGUAUAGGGACCUUGAUAAUAUUGCGUUCCUGGUUGGCCUGACACUGAAGACCGAUAUAGAGGACAAAACAAAUAUCACCAACACUCUGACGUCCGCUUAUUCUUUGUCAGACAGUUUAGACAAUGCAGAUGCAGCGCUGUCAGCGAUUGAGUCGAACAAAACAGCUAUGGAGACAGCGGUCACCGACCUUCAGACUGCACUGACGGACGUCACUAACACCCUUGAUGCUGUAUUUACAACUUGUGGUGCAAACUGUCCUGCCGUAGGAAGACCGGAUUACAAUGGAUCUUCACCGGACAUAGACACAAGUGCAUUUCCAGAUUUGAGCGACGCCCGAACAAGUAUGGACGACGCAAAAGGAACUAAUCUAACAGAGGAGAUUAUUAAUGGAGAAGCAGAAGUUGAUGAUAUACCAGACAGAGUAGUCCGUGAUUCUAACACGACACGAGAAGACUUAAAGACGACUAUAUCAGAUCUAAGUGACGAUUUGGAGGAUAUUGUUGAUCAAAUCUCGGAUGUUAAUAAUCGGAUAAGCGGGGAGAAUGCUACUAUUGACCUUGAUAAGCUGAUACUUGAUAUAAAGGACUACAAAGAGAUGUUAGAGACAUAUGACAAAUACAGAUGGUAUGGAGGAGUAGGUCUGGCUUCUAUAUGCUUGCUGGUUAUUGUAUUCGACACAAUUGGACUGCUUUUCGGAAUCUUUGGAACGAGUACAAGCACACCACCAGAUCAGCGAGGGUGUAUUUCAAACUGCGGUGGAAUAAUGCUUAUGGUCUCUGCGGCUUUGAUCUUCAUAUUUUCGGCCUUUUUGAUGUUGCUGACAUUCUUGACCUUUAUACCUGGAGCUCCAAUCCACAAAGUCUUUUGUGAACCAGUGACAGACCUAGAGGAAUUGGAAAGGUAUCUGACAAUUUACAACGACCAGCAAGUUGGAGAGGGCAAAUAUUUCUUUGCAGAUAUUGUACUUGGUAACGACACAAUACCUCUGACAGUCACAGACGCAUUAAAGAAUUGCAAAGACGGACAGGGUGCAUUCACUGCAUUCAAACUAGACAACAGAUUCGACUUGGCAGAUAUGCUAAAUUACUCCAAGACACUAGAUGUACAGGCUGAAGUCGAUGCAAUCAACGUCAACCUUUCGUCAGUGAAAAUUUACUCAUCCAGUCUUCAGACACAAUUAAGUGACCUAAAAGACGCAGUGAAUAUCAGUUUUACGGACUUCUAUACUGAGCUGGAUUCAAAUAUAACUAUUGUAAAUUUGAGCAGCCUAGCUGAUGAUUUGGAUGCUUAUGCCGAUCUAAUAGGUGAAGCGACAGCAAAGGCUGGUAUCAAAGCUGAAGCAAAUAAAUUGCGAGCAAUUGAGGCGGAAGAGUAUGCCUAUGUUGAAAGUAAUGUGACGGCCUUGAAUACAUCUGUAGCUGAAAUGGACGCUGUUGUUUCUAAUAUCCCGACUAUGGUGGACAAUUUAGACUAUGGACUUCAAACUGCGGAUGAUUAUAUUCAAAAUAACGGAAGUGACGUAUUGAGAUCGAUUUUGAAUACCUACGCCAAUCGUCUGCUUGGCAUAAUAGAUUCGUAUGUAGCAUUCACAGAUGAUGCGGUCAAAAACCAGAUGGGAUCAUGUGAGCCUGUUUGGAACAUUUACAAUUCCCUGCUUGUGUACACAUUUUGCUAUAAUCUUAUGGAUUGCUUCAAUGGAUUCUGGUUUUCACUAGGAUGGGUCAUUUUCUUCUUCAUGCCAUCUGUUAUCUUUUCUGUGAAGCUAGCCAAAUAUUUCAGACAAAUGGACAGGGCAGAUGAUGGUCUAUUAGACUCGGACACACCUCCACCUCCUUCAGCAAACGGUGAAAAGAACCCUAAUGCAGGGUUAGGUCAAGAACCUGUGUCACAAGAUAUGCCUUCAAAGGCAAAGUUUUGGAUGAGGAACAACAAGGUUUCUCACAAAGACAACGUUGAUGAUUGCGCAUCAUCACCCAUUCCACCUUUCCCAUCAAAAGAAUCACGUGACUAUCUUGAGCAGGUACCGUCAAAUUUAUAUGAAGAUAGGUCUUUUAAUGACAUGGGGAGUAGUUCCCAUCCAGUAACAUUUAGCCCGAGCACAUCUAACUGCGUAAAUCCAGCUUCCUCUCAUCCAGGGAGUUCUUGUGAGGAAGAAGUGUGUAAUGACAAUAAAUCGCUAGUCAAUGAUUAUGCAAAACUCAGUGCACCAGAAGAGGCGAGUACUCAUAUUGAUGCAGAUAAUGAUAUAAUCAACAUAACAGUUGGUGAAACGUCAAAUUUAUCCGACUUUGAACAACACGAAGCAAAGCCCAAGUCAAGUGAUAUGACAUCUUCGGAAGAUCUGGAAGCAAAGACCCCUUCGAGUUUAGAUGGUGAUCACAAAGAACCUCCGACGACAGACUCCAAGAAUGACAUCUCUCCUGUGACUGAGAAUGAAAUAGGUAGUGACCCUAUACCCCCGAUACAAAAUAAUAAAGAAAGUCAUAUAUUAGUACAACCAAAAGCUGACAGCGAUUCCCAAAACAUCUCUGUUGAACAGCAAGUUCACUCUGUUCCAGAGGAAACAGAAAAACAAACUUCUUCUAUCCAAGAACUUGAUAAAGAAGAUACACGCGAACAGGGUUUUCCAGAAGAAACCAUCGAUAAAGCAGUUCUCUCUCCUAGUCCUCAAGCUUUAUUGGACAAUGGUGAAACCUUGCAAGGAUCAGGAGAAGGUUUAUCUGCAACAUGUAGAGAAGAGUCAACGCUGACUCCAGUAGAGUAACUGAAUGAAGAAAUUGUAGAAAAAAUAACACAUUUCUUAAACUUCAUUGAUUAAAGGUUUGAAAUUGUGUUUGAAUAUAAACUGCUGAUAAAUAGAUAGUUAUACAGUUCAUGACUUGUGUUUUUUAAAAAGGUUAGUUUAUUUUUAAUACAAAACGUUUAUAUUUGUAUUAUCAUUAUUGCAAUUGUUUUUGUUAUCAUACCACAUUUAUAAUGCAUUUUAUCAUGUAUAUACAUACAGUCAAAAGUGCUUUACAGAAUACAUUCCAAACUAGCAUACGAUUACAAAGUAAAGUUGUUUGUAAGAAUUAUUUAAUUCAAAAAUAAACGCGAAUUGUAACUUACAGAAAUGAUGCCAAUUCAGCAUUAUUGAUAAAUACGAUUUAAAUCCUGUCGUUUAUACAAAAAAUGUACAUUCCCUAUAAAACAUAAGCUUUGUUAUUCCGAUACUAAGUAUUAUUCAUCGUCUAAGCAGUUUUUGUUAACUUCUCAAUUGUUAGUUUUUUAUUCCAUGAUUUAUCAUUAAUUGUCAAAAUGUAACGGAAAUGAAAUAAAAUCAUUUCAUUGACCAAAGUCCUGAAUUCAGGAUUUGUAAACUUCUACUAUUGCAAAAAAACAUAUUCGUUCAAUCAUAAGCAUUUUCAAAAUUAGAGCAAUUAAAAAAAUGCAGAGGUUUUUAUUAAUAAGUGUAAUUUACAAGUAAUAAGCUAAUCUGUAAUGCACAGGUCGGACUAAACGGAAUAUUUUUUAUCUGCUUGAUCGUAUGAUAUUAUUCGCAAGUAUGUUGCUUUGUAAGUUGUUGCUUGCACAAUAAGAAAAUAACUUGUUAUUAAUUUAUUUCAAAAUUAGCGUUGUUUUCUUAUUGUACUACAGUGAUUUUUAUCAAUAGUGUUUGAACAUUGUACACACACUGAACUUCGUUUAUUUUAUUUUUAUUUACAACGUAUUUGUUUAGAUUAAAUAUGAUUUUUGAAGGUGUUAAGGUUAUGUAUUAUAAUUAUGCUACAGUUUAUAUGCUAUAUAUAAGAUAAUCAUUAUUGCAUAAUAUUAUAAACUCAAACAUGACUCAUGACGUAAAUGCUUUCAGAUACAAUAGACAACCAAUGAGGUAUGAAAGUACAUGUAAAAUAACUGCUAUUCACGGCAUACUAGUAUAGGACUAUACUGUGGUCUUAUAAUGUAGCACAAAGGUGCAUAAUAGAUAACCUCAGCAAUAAGUGGUUCGUACUUUAGUUAAAUCUAGCAUAGUUCGUUUAAAUUUGAGUAGCCUUUGACCACAUUAUAGUCACAUGUGCGAGUUUUCUUAAACCAAUUUAACAGUGAAUGUGAUAUUCUUUGCCCAUUCCAUUUUAUGUGUUUAACAACUCUAAUAGGAGGCCGGUCCUCAAUAUAUUUUGCAGUAAUUUAACCUGAUUGUUGUAUUUAUUCUUUGUGUUGCAAUAAAAUUAGUUAAUUAA